CUCUUCUCUCUCUCUCUCUCUCUCUCUCUCUCUCUCUCUCUCUCUCUCAUGAUAAAACAAUAGGAACCUUCUUAAUCAGCUAUUUGUAAUGCAGCAAUAGAAUGGAUGUUCAAAUCCAUAAGAAACUCUCUUUCCUCUCAUCAUCAACAUCAUCUCUCAACAUGUUUUUCCCACAUAUCUUCACUUCACUUAUUCUCUUCAUUUACUUAGCAACUUUUGCCUCAGCAGCCACUCUUCUCCCCCUUGAUGAAGUGGAAGCUUUGAAGCAAAUUGGGAAGACAUUGGGAAAGUAUGAUUGGAACUUCAGUGGAGAAGCAGAUCCAUGCAGUUGGGCUGAAGGGACUGAUAAUAAUGUCACCUGUAAUUGCACCUCCUCCACCCUCUGCCAUAUUACCAUGAUAAGUCUCAAAUCACAGAAUCUUCCAGGGACACUCCCAACAGAAUUUGUCAAGCUCCCCUUCCUAAAAGUAAUUGACCUCACUCGUAACUACCUUAACGGUACAAUCCCUCCACAAUGGGGUUCCCUGCAACAAGUAACGCAUAUUUCCCUCCUUGGAAAUCGAUUAACGGGUUCAAUCCCGAAAGAAAUUGGAAACAUCAGCACACUUCGGCAUAUUACCUUGGAGUUCAAUCAGCUAUCAGGAACCCUUCCUCCAGAGCUUGGGAAUCUUUUUCAGAUAAACGACAUACAUUUGACAUCAAACUAUUUGACUGGGGAGCUUCCGGGAACACUUGCAAAGCUGAUCACUUUGACGGAAUUUCGAGUUAGUGGGAACCAAUUUAUUGGAAAGAUACCCAAUUUCAUCCAAAAAUGGACAAAUCUCAAGAAAUUAGGGAUUCAGGCUAGUGGUUUAGAUGGCCCAAUUCCUCAGGAGAUUGCUUCUUUGACAAAAAUGACUGACUUGAGAAUUAGUGAUUUAAAUGGAAUGGAAGCAACUUUUCCACUUCUUAAUAGUAUGACAAACAUGAAUAGACUGAUACUGAGGAGUUGCAAUAUUACUGGACCCUUACCUAACUAUCUUGCAAAUUUGACAAAGUUGAAAACCUUAGACCUUAGCUUCAACAAACUCAAUGGAGAAAUACCAAGCAACUUUGUCAAUCUGUCAACCGUAGAAUUCAUUUUUCUAACUGGAAACUGCCUAAGUGGACCUGUGCCUGAUUGGAUACUGAAACAUGGAAUAAACAUUGAUCUUUCAUAUAACAACUUUGGCUCUGGGCCUCUAGGUUGUCAACAGAAGACUGUGAACUUGUUUGCAAGCUCUUCAAACGAUAAUCUGUCGCAAGUUUCUAAACCUCUUGGAAUUGUGUCUUGCUUGCGAAGCUUUCAAUGCCCACAAAGUUGGUCUUCAUUUUAUAUAAAUUGUGGUGGAAAAGAAACUUUUAAUGGAAGUACCAAAUAUGAAGAUGAUUUGGAUUUAGGUGGGCCUGCAAAGUUCGUCCAACAUGGAACUAACUGGGCAUUUAGUACCACUGGUCUCUUCUUGGAUGACAAUAGUGUUGAUUCCUUGAUUUCGACAAAUACGUCAAGGCUCUCUAUGAGAAAUUCCGAGUUGUAUAUGGAUGCACGACUUUCUCCUACAUCUCUGACUUAUUAUGGGUUUUGUCUGAUAAAUGGAAACUACACAGUAAAGCUUCACUUUGCAGAGAUCAUGUUUACUAAUGACGAAACAUUUAGCAGCCUUGGAAGGCGUAUAUUUGAUAUUUACAUUCAGGAAGGAUUACCAAUGCAAAAUCAUGACCUUCUAAGGAAAUUGUUGCAGGGAAAGCUUGAGCGUAAGGAUUUCAACAUUGAGAAAGCAGCAGGUGGGGUUGGUAAGGAAACCAUACAAACAUUCACUACAGUUGUGACUAAUAGUACAUUGGAGAUCCGUUUGUAUUGGGCAGGUCAAGGGACAACUGGUAUGCCUCGUAGAGGAGUAUAUGGUCCUCUAAUUUCAGCCAUUUCUGUGUAUAACCCUGAUUAUUUACGUCAGCUAUCAAAAAAUAGAAACAACAUAUCUGUGGGUGUUGUGCUUGGGAUCGUGGCUGCAGUAGCUUUUGUUAUGAUCUUGCUUCUAGGUAUUCUUUGGUGGAGAUGCUGCCUACCAUGCAAAGAUACAACGGAACAUGGUAUUUGGAAACCUCAAAAUUGUAGUAAAUUCAAUUCUUUUACCAUCUCCAUUUUCACAUUUCUAAUUUAACAGUUAAUUAACAGACAUGAAUGACGGCUUAAUUGAAUUGACGUCGACUGCUUAUUCUACUUCUACUGGUGAUCACUAGCCACUCAAUUUGAAUUUCGAUUAUUGGGCAAACAGAGAAUAGAGAAAUGGGUACAAAUUCUCUUGGUUGGUUUUCAUUUUAAUAUUGUCCUUGCAAUAUAAUAGUCUACAUUUUCUUACUUUCUUUUUUCUUUUUGGAAUCGAUUUACAAGAGAUGAAUGCUUUGUACAUCUAGAGAAUUUUUCAAAUAUUUGUCUUGCAAAAUGCAUAUAAAGUAUAUACUUGCAUUUGUAAAACCAUAUGUUUCAACUAUAUUGGCAAAUCCUAUGUUUUAUCCAGUUUUGGCCUUUUAGAUGUUUUUUGGUCUCCUAAUAUGUCAAACUGGGAUUGAAGAUUAUUGUAAAUAGCAAUUC